CCCCACUCGCAAGAACACAGCAGCAGGUCGAUCAGCAGCCAGCACAGCGAAGCGGAUCGACCACUUCCUGUUCCUUCUUCGUACGAACGGCUCGAUCUCUAUCUACCUCACCCCUGCACGUAAACUCUACAAUGGCGACCACGGUGAUGUCCUCCAUGAGCUCUCUUGCCUUCGCCACCGGCGUGCGUGCCGGCCGCUUCCCCGCCCGGCUUCCGGCGGCCGUGCUCGCGCCUUGCCGUCGCGCCCUGGUUGUCAGGGCCCAGAGCAAGCCAGAAAAGAAUCCAACGGAGGAGACGACCGCCAAGCCGAAGGCGAUGCCCGGCCUCUGGGACGCGCUGACGUUCAGCGGCCCCGGCCCCGAGCGGAUCAACGGCCGCCUCGCCAUGGUCGGCUUCGUGUCCGCGCUCGCCGUCGAGGCGUCCCGCGGCGGCGGCCUCCUCUCGCAGGCAGGGAGCGGCUCCGGUCCGGCCUGGUUCGCGGCCACUGCCGCGGUGCUGUCCGUGGCGUCGCUGGUGCCGCUGCUCCAAGGGGAGAGCGCCGAGGGCAGGAGCGGCAGCUUCAUGACCGCCGACGCCGAGCUCUGGAACGGGCGCUUCGCCAUGCUCGGGCUCGUCGCCCUCGCCGUCACCGAGUACCUUACCGGCGCGCCGUUCAUCAACGCGUAGAUAUGUCGUACACGUGUACGUGUACGUAGCUUUUGGUAGGCUAUUGUAACUGUGCACAGUAGCUUCCGUACGUACAUGUAGAUGAGGUAGUAUACAAAUUUUACUGCCUCCGUGCACAAUGCGCAUGCGAAAUUUUUGCGUGACAUUUACAGGCAGACAUGUAAAGUUGAAAUGAACUUUCCUCGUGACAUGGAAGCUGGCAGAGUGCUUCGUA